AUCACGAUUUGAAGAAACAGAGGUCCCUUCAAGAGGGCUUCUUCUCCGUGUUCUCCUCUACUAGGGUUUCCUCCGCAAAUUCUUCUUCUCCGUCUUCGUAGAGGGAUUGAGAGAUGGUGGGGCACGCACAUGAGAUCCCGCUGGAGGUGGUGGGGACGAUGAUCGAGAUGGCGGACGUCGCGUGGAGCGCCCUUGAGUACCGCCGCGAGCGCAAGGCUGAGGCGGCGGAGGAGGACGAGAUCUCCCACCUCAAGGCCGAGAACCUCCGCCUCCGAACCGUGCUCGCCGACAAUCUUGCCGUCCUCCAGGGCCUCUAUAAAUCCCCCUCUGUCUCCAACGAUUGCCCUCCCGACUUGUAUACGCGCCUUGUUGCUGCGGUGGACAGCUCAAGCUUCCUGACCAAACUUGAAUCACUUCAUCAGGAGUCAACAGAUUUACCAAAUGACAAACUCCCAUCCAGUGAACCCAUAGGGGCAAAUUUAAAUGGUGUGGAAAUUAUGGUAGAUGAAAUUGUCCCAGAUUGCUUGGAGGAAGUCAGUGGAAUUGAUAAUGAAAGUUAUGUCAUCAUUAGUGAAGAGAAUGUGGUUGAAGGCAUUGCCCACUUCAUAGCCAGCUGCAUCCUUGAAAACCCAAAAUCUAAGGUUUUGACACCGGAGGAACUACAGAGAACUGUGACAAGGGCUUUGGGUGGCAUUAAAGAUAGGAGUAAGUGGAGAAACGUUUGGGAGGCUGGAAGAAUCAUUUACACCUUAUCAACCUGGGGUAUUGCUCUGGCAGGGAUAUAUAGGCACCGGGCCAUCUUGAAAGCUGCGGCAAAGGGCGUUAGUGCGUCCGCCAACCUUGCCCUGAAGGCUCUCUAAAAGUGCAACAUUAAAUCCAUCCAUGUAGACUUCAUCAUGGAUACUUUAUUUGCAUCGCAGGUUAUAUGAGCACCUGGCCAUCUUGAAAGCUGCUGCGAAGGAGUGUUCAUGCAUCCACCAUUCUUGUCUGGAAAGACUCCCAAUGAUGCAGCACUAAAAAAAUCGUGUUACGCUAAAUCCAUCAUGUAAUCAUCAACUUCCUCAUUCUUUGCUUCAAAUUGUCAUGCCUUCUGUACAGCCGCAUGAAUGUUCAUUGUUACAUUUGCAAGGUAUUUCCUGUAUAUUAUCCAUUAACAUAAAGCAUAGUUUGGAACCCCCCUCUCUGGAGAUGAAGGGAUGGUAAAGAUAUCAAGCAGACCAUUCUUUUAUGCUUGCCUUAUAUGUGGAA